AUGGGUAGCCAACUUGGGAUGCCUUAUCCUUACGUAUUUUCUCCUACUCAACAUCCUGUCAUACAUUCGAAUGAAUCAAGAAGGGCAACUAUUGAUCCAUCUAUUAGCGACAAAGAAUCUCUAACACCAUCAUCUGUUCCUGCAACUCAGUUGCCACCAUACUCAUCACAAGAAGAGCGUGAAGUUGUGCUGGAGGAAAAUGAAUCGAAACAAAGAUUUUGGUCUCUCAAUGAAGAUGUGGUCCUUGCGAAGUCAUGGGAAACUAUAAGCACUGAUGCAAUCAUUGGUAAUGACCAGAAGGAUCAAGUUUUUUGGAAAUGUAUAACUGAUUACUACAACAAACAUCGCCCCACUGGAUCUAUGACGAAAAAUUAUCAGCGGCUGAAAUCACAUUAUUAUAGGUUUGCACCAAUGGUAAAUGAAUUUUCUGCAACUUAUAAUAAUUUUUAUACUCAUCGGCAAAGCGGUUGGAGUGACGAGAAUGUGUUGGAGAAUGCAUUGAAUAUGUGGAAAGCCAACAACAAAGGUGAGGAUUUUAAGUAUAUGCAUGUGUGGAGGGUUCUCAAAGAAUAUGGGAAAUAUACUCCACAAUCAGUUACUCAUUACUCUAACAAGAAGGCAAGGACAUCUGAAUCAGGGGGAAACACUUCAACAUCAAAUCCAGAUACAAGUGUUGAUUUAGAUGUUGAAGUGUCAUCUAAAUCAACACUUGUAUCUAGAUUUGAUGUUGAAGUGUUUCCCCCUGAUUCGGAUGCCCUUGCCUUCUUGUUAGAGUAUUGA